AGACGCGAAAAUGUGAAGUUGUUUUGAACUUGGACAUAAAUCGUUUAACGGAGAUAUGGUCGUUAGUUUACAAAAGAAAAAGCAACGGUUGUGACGUUUACAGUGAAAUUUGUCUUACCAUGAUGCCGGGGGACAGUAAGCCCAAAACAGUGGCAAUCGCCGCGGACGCGACGGUUGGAAACUGUCAGAACUGUUCUGUUUUGCAUCAGAGCCUUACCGAAUAUGUGUCGUCAUUUCUGGCACUGAAACAGAAAAUAACGGUUUCGGAUGACACUAUCCGGCUUCAGCAACAGCUGGAAGAGCUGCAGAUCAAAUUGGUUUCUCUGGAGAAAAAGACUGCAGAUUAUGAAUCUAUGCAAGCAGAACUGGAAGAAAAGAAGUGUGCUCUUACAGCUUAUGGACAGAUGUCCGAAGAGCUUGAAAAACUGAAGGAGGAAAACAGCAGGACAGUAGUAAAGAGUACGAAGCUUGAAGACGAGCUAAAGAAUGUGAAAGAACUGACCGAAACACAGUCACUUGAAAAUGCACAACUGAAGAGGGAAAAGGCUGAAGUAGAAAAUGAUUUGCUGGAAACACAGACAUCUCUGAGGAAAUCUCAGGCACAAGCAGAUCAAGUUGAAAAACUGUUAGAGAAGAAUGCAGAAACAACAAGCAUAAAGGAAAACCUUGAAAAUCAAGUUAGACAGCUUGAAGACUCACUUUGCAAACAGAAUCAUCAAAUAUCCCAACUGACCAAAGAAAAGAUCCUCCUAGAGAGAAAUAUUGAUGAUCUCCAGGCGAGACUGAUGAAACUGGAGAGAGAAAGGAGUAAAGAGUAUAGGAGCGUAUCAACUCAAGCAAAUUCACCCAAGGAGCCUAAAGUUGACAAAGAGAAAAUCCGGGCGCUGCUAGAGGAUUUAUGGGCAUGUGUGGAGCCUCAGCAGCAGCACUCAGCAAACCUGUUGCACUUAACCGGUGACGCCUCAUUAAAGUCCUGCUCCUGUUCCAAGCAAGUUGUACCUCCCUCUCCUCCGAACAGACUGCACUCUCAUCUGAGAAACACGUCCCAGUCUCCUCCUCAAGACAUCAGUACAUCUCACAGUUGCCACUUAAAAGCCACUUAUACACAGUUAAAACCUUCUCCUCAGAAAGCUGUCAAACAUCAAGCAUCUCCUCCGUGCUCAAGUGGAAAGAAGCAAAGAGUCACUCCCAAAAAGAGGAAGCCAUUGUCAAAGGAACACAAAACUGAGGAGCCAUCGCCCAACAUGGGCAGCUCUGAAGUAUCUAUUGAGGAGAUAAUGGAAAUGUUUAAACCGAUGCAUCCCUUCAUAUCACCACUACCAGACUCGGACACAGAGUUGGAAACUAUGGAGACGGUUGAAGGAGAAAAGGAAAACCACCCCAAACCCUUUGAUGACUCUGUUCCUCUUCAGCAAGAAGAGGCAUCCUUAUUUAUCACAUCAGCGUCAAGCCACUGUCCAAACCUUUCUGCAUUACCAGCAGAGGAGAUUGUAGACUUGCCAGUUGUCACAGCACAUGAAGUGGAACACAUUUCUGAUGAAAAUGACACCAAAGGCUUUGGACAAAAGGAGUUCAGCGGCAUAACGGAAACAAAGGACGAAAGCAGUACAGGUGGUGAAGAAAUGAAUCUUAAAAAAGACACACAGACAGAGCAGGAGACAGAAUCUGUGCAAAUAUUAGCAGCAUUAUCUUCUUCCACAUCAGACAAUGCAGUUUUGGUUGAGGUUGUGUCCUUAACUAGUGAAAGACAAGAAGCAUCCUGCAGUGAAAAUCCCAGUAGCGGUAUUGCCAGCAGCAUCUCUGAAACAGAAAAUGUUUUUGGAAAGGCAAAGGAAGAUCAGUCAGAGUCUGUUACAAAGAUGGACGUUGACGGGAGCCCAAGUGAUUUUACCGAUGCCAAAACAGUGACUACCUGUGGUGGAGAGUCACCUAGAGGAAGUGACAACACUGUAGUCUCUGAAACAGCAGGAGAUGCGCAGCUAGUUACUUCCUCAACACUCACUGACUGUGUGAAAGACACAGAGGUUUCAAAUACAGAAAAUGGCUCAGAAGCCAAAGAAAGCCACCAGAAUUCUUGUUGUUUGAGAGAGGAAAGUCAAGAUGUCACUGUCGUAAAUCUGCAGGAGAUUCAAUUUUCUCUUGGCAAGGACACAGGCAUGCCAGAAGAUAAACUUUGUGCGUCAAGCAGCAGUAACGGCUGCAGCAGUGCCUCAAAUAAAAAUGUUGAAGAAAAUGAUGGAUCCAUAAACAACAAUAAACAAGAACAAAGAACUGAGAGAGCUGAUAAAACACAUUCUUCUCCAGAGUCACACAGCAGUAUAAGACCUCAGUCACCUCAAAUGUUUUCACUGUUAAGGAUGGAAGAUUCAGACAAAGGCCACACUGGCCAGGAAUCUGGUCAAGCAAACGUUGAAACGCCUUCACAAAAGAAAGUUGACGUAGAGACAUUGGAAAGUGCAACGGUGGAUGAUCAUGGACCUUCUCGUUCUGACUCCCAAGAGACAAAGACUGCUAACUGUGAAUCUCUGACAGAAAAUACACAUUCUCUGUACAGACAGUUGACUUCUUCAUGUCUGUUUCCAAACCCAGGAAACAUUGAGCACAUUUCAACAAACAAAAAAACUCUGCAGCCUGGGCCUAAUUUAGAGGAAGAAGCUGUAACUGAAGAGCCUGUUGUCAAAGACUUACCUCAGGGCAGAGUCGAUGCAAGUAGUACUACCUCAUUAUUACAAACUGCUGCUGCCACAAAUGGGCAAAAUAUAUGUUUGGAGCCAUGUGAAAGAGUGCUUGAAAAACAUAGCCCACAUAUUACCCAAGAAGCAGAGGAAACUAGCCCAGAACCAGCUUCAGUUUCAGCUCAACCACCAGAGUGCAUAGGCCAGGUACGCUCUGAAAUGGGCCCUCCACUUCCUCCUUUACUGACCCCCCUGUGCACACCUCCAAAAGCAGGCAAGUCAAUCAAUCCAAGGCAGGCUAUUGGGAAACUCUCUUUUCCCUCACCCAUGGAUAGAUUGGCUUCUCCUACCACUCCUGUCCUGACCCCCCACAUGACACCUAACAGUCAGCAUCUGAGUUCUUCAUCCCAAAACAGUCCAGUCCCUCCAAACGGAGUCCCCUCUUCACCACUUCAGUUUGGCUCUGCCACUCCGAAACAUGCUGUGCCGGUCCCAGGUCGCCUGCCCUUAACAGCCAUGAAUUCCUCCCCGUCGUCCUCCUCCAGUCCUUCUCAGGAAAACUCCAUGAGGAUUCUUGACACCAUGUAUCCAGAGCUCUCUGCCCGUGCCCGAACUCUGAGCAUUCUCAGGGGGAAUGUUGGUCUCAGCAUUUGUUCUGCAGAGAGUGGGACAUUAUCUACAACAACUGACAGUCAGAUGUCUGGCUUUAAAAGCAUCAACUCCAUCUCAACAGCCUUCACCAAAACUGAGAUGAGAGGAGAAAAGAGACAGGCCGUCAGUUUGCCUCAGCUUAAAAACAGCAAAUGUCGCAGGCUUGAUAGCUCCUCUCCUACCAUCAGUCGCAGUCCGGUGCCUUUGUGCUCGUCAAACAUUGGAGAGGAGACCACCUCACCCCAGACUCCGAGGCUUGAACAGCUCAAAAACGAAACAGCCUCUCAAUCCAUGGACAGUGGAGAAGCUGCAGAGCAGGAUCUUGUAGUUAACGCCUUAAAGAAAAUCGAAAACCAGUGCUUUGAUCUGUUGCCUGUGAUACAGAGCCACCUGCACAGUGGGAAACUUCCCAAAAAGCCCGUCUUGAGAGAUGAGGAGAAGGAGGUCAUCUCUGAAAUUUCCCAGGACGGCUCGCUCAAGGCAGACGAUAUGUUUUUGGCCAUCCUGAACAAGCUGAAAGCUGAGAAAAAGGACCUCAGCAGCAACUACAUGCAGGCCCUCUGCCGAGUCUACACAGGCAUCUGCAGGCAGAAGAGAUACUGGGAGAAGGCUCAUAUCCUGGCGUACAGCAUUCUCACAGAAGAUUUCCCAGAUUCUGCUAAGCUGAUUUUGUUUAUGGUGACAACAUGGCCCAGUGUUCUCUCACACAGUAGCUCCCUGUGCCAGGCCAUACAUGCUGUUAUGAGACAGAAAGCACAAGAAGAGCCCCUCAGAUGCCUCUCAGCAUUCCUCGGUUGGGAAAAGAGUCCUCCCUGCGACAUCGACCAGCUGAUCUCCAGAGUACUGUCUGAGCUUCGGUCAGGGUCAAAUCUGUCUUUCACAAAACACAGUCGGUACGGGUACGACCUGGGGGCUGAGGCUUGGGAACAUGUCUUCACACUGCACCUCCUCUGUACACACAAGAAGUGGAAGUGGACCUAUGAAAAUGUAUUGGGCAAGGAGCUGUGGCCAUUAAUGAACACAUGGGUGGCACAACCCAGAGAUCAACAAGCACCUGUUUCUGAUGUAACUGUUGCCACUGUGCUCCGACUCAUAGGACGCCUCGGUCAACUGGGAAUCAAAGAGAGGUGUGUUUCCUCUGUGGGAACUGUGGCCAGUGUCAUCAACACAUUUGUUAGGCAUGGACAGGCUGAAGGUGUACCAUGGGAGGUCCACUUAGCAGCUGUCUACUGCAUCUACGAACUGUCGCCAUGCAACCCCAAACAAGUCCUGGGCGCCCUUGCGGCAUGGAGAGGGGAAAUGUCUCGGAGCGUCCCUCCAGCUGUCACUAGCUGUAUUAACCAGUUAGCCUCUAUCUGCAGACAGGUCAAGAGCUGAGGGAGACACAUGCGCUGUACAAAUCCACAUGGACAUGCAUGUGGAUUUGUAAAGACAGGAAGAAUGCAGAUCCCUAGAUAGAGACGUUUACCUCAUGUACCUCAGUAAGUCUUGAAGUCACAGUCUCAGACUUCUUAAACAUUUGUUUAUUUAUAUGCACUUCUACUCUAAAAUGAACCUGUUAGGUAAAUCUAUCAGUUCUCCAAUUUUGUUGCAAAUUUAAAUUUUUAACAUAAGAGAUGCAUAAAAUUUGGUUGCCAAAACUGUUUUAGCUGUCCACAUCCUGUUGUAAAUGUACUGGUAUAAUUGCUGCCUGUCUGCUAUACUCAGGUAAUGCUCUAAAAUAUUGUAAAACAUGUACAUGUUUAUUCUGAUUUAACUUUGGUGCUGCUGUAAUUGUUUCUUCAUUCAAAAGUUUGUAAAUAUGAGGAGUUAAAGUUUGUAUGAAUGAAAAAUAAGGUUGCCACAGUAAAUGGUUUGUACAGUUUAAAGUUAAAGAGGUUAUUUAAAUUUUUUCAAAUUAAA